ACUCUGCUGUGCAGUCUGAUCAUGUGACGGGCCGCGAGCCCAGGCGAAGCAGAGCGAGACAGUUGUCGGAGACCGAAACGCCAGCUUCAUUGAAAAGCUCCGUUAUUGAGAGCGAGAGACAGGAGAGAGAGACAUUUUCAGUACACAGACACAGAUAACACACACCGCAAGCUCUUGGGAACUUUGGGGGGAAAGGGACAUUGAAACGGCCUUAAGACAUUCGUAAAGGAGAAGGACAGGACAGAUUUACUGAAAAUUUUAAAGAUUCAAGAACAGUGGGCACGCGGGAGUUUAUUCUUCAUUCUGAGCAACUUGUGGAAUUAUAAGGGCAUCGUUCAAAAGAAGAAACUACCUCUGACCCUCUUUUCCCGUUUUAUUUUUUCUUUAUUUUAUUUAAUUUUUUUUGCAUCUUCCUUUGCAGCAAGUGAGAGGGGAAGGAACACAAUUGCAUCGCUGUGCAUAAAGAAAGUGAUCGCAGCACCGAGAGGCAGAAGGGCUCGCUGCGUUAGCUAGCUAGAGGGGACAGGACUGAGGUUGGAAGAGACACAUCGCCCGCCUCUUGUGCUAGCCUCCUUUUUUAUAUCGUAUUUAUUCAUACGUUUUAGUGUUUUUGCUUCUCAGUUUUUGUCAGGGGUGCCUGGGGUUUGUUUUUUGGAAUAUGGUUGGGGAAAUGGAAACGAAGGAGAAGCCGAAGCCGACCCCAGACUAUCUUAUGCAGCUCAUGAACGACAAGAAACUGAUGAGCAGUCUGCCCAACUUCUGCGGGAUUUUCAACCACCUCGAGCGACUGCUGGACGAAGAGAUCAGCAGGGUAAGGAAGGACAUGUACAACGACACGCUAAACGGCAGCACGGAGAAGAGGAGCUCAGAGCUACCGGACGCAGUCGGCCCCAUCGUACAACUACAAGAGAAACUUUAUGUGCCUGUAAAAGAGUACCCUGAUUUUAACUUCGUGGGGCGGAUCCUGGGACCGCGGGGCCUGACGGCGAAGCAGCUGGAGGCGGAGACGGGCUGUAAGAUCAUGGUGCGAGGGAAGGGCUCCAUGAGGGACAAGAAGAAGGAGGAGCAGAACCGAGGGAAGCCCAACUGGGAGCACCUGAACGAGGACCUGCACGUGCUCAUCACUGUGGAGGACGCCCAGAACCGAGCCGAGAUCAAACUCAAACGGGCCGUCGAGGAGGUCAAGAAGCUGCUGGUGCCUGCAGCAGAAGGAGAGGACAGCCUGAAGAAGAUGCAGCUGAUGGAGCUGGCCAUUCUCAACGGCACGUACCGAGACGCCAACAUCAAGUCGCCCGCCCUGGCCUUCUCUCUGGCAGCGAGCGCCCAGGCCCCGCGCAUCAUAACAGGCCCCGCCCCGGUGCUGCCCCCCGCCGCCCUGCGCACCCCCACCCCCGCCGGCCCCACCAUCAUGCCUCUGAUCCGACAGAUCCAAACCGUCAUGCCCAACGGGACGCCCCACCCCACCGCCACCCUAGUGCCCCCCGGGCCCGAAUCGGGCCUGAUCUACGCGCCCUACGAGUACCCCUACACGCUGGCCCCCACCACCUCCAUCCUGGAGUACCCCAUCGACUCCAGCGGGGUGUUAGGUAUGGCUUUCCCCACGAAAGGCUAAAAGCGUUCAAGAACGGUCUUACUGAACCCUCAUCCGAUCUGAGUGUUAACACGUGCUUUCUUUCACAUCUGCCUCGAGUAAAACCCAUGAGCUGGGCCUAGCAGUCAGUCAGACAGCUCCUUACCGCCUUACCCUGGCGACACUCGCCCAGAGACCCUGGUCUUACACCCACCCAACCAGUGCGUGCGUCCGUCGAGCGCAGACUGUUUCACUGACUGCUACGUUCCGGCGAACCCAUAUAAUAUUGUCUCGCUUUACUAAUCACAUAAUUCAUUGCAAUUUUUUCUACUUAUUGUUUUACAAAAAAAAAAAAAAAAGAGAAAAUCUCAGAUUUACUACUGCGGAUGUGCCUAAAGCUCUCAUCUCUGAGCCUGCCCAGAGAGCCAUCAGUAUUAUAUUUAACGGGAUAACUGGAACCGCGUCUGCCUGCUGCACACUGAUUUACGUGACUAGUAAAGCCCAGUGCUUGCCUGUGUCUAAUGUCAGUAGUACUGUACAGAGGAGGCCUGCCACAGUGGAUCCACCUGGUUAAGGCAGCUCCGUAGAGGUGACGGCAGCCAUCUUAGAUAUGAUUAUUAGACAUACUGUUUUUUAAAAGAAAAACGUUCAAUUGUGCCUUAACUUGUAUUUUUUUUUCUUAUCUGCAUAAUUUGUUAGAUGUGUUUGGUCAUAUAUAUAUAUAUAUAUAUACAAAUAUAUAUACAUGUAUGCACACACACAAAAAACCUGCUGUUGUUGACAAACUGACUGUUUGUGAGAUUUGUGUAGAAUGCUCUAACUUUGUCUUGGUAAUGUUGCAAUUUGAGCAGGUGCGGUGGCCACUAAGGUUCGAAGGCAUGAUUUGCGGGUUCAUCCUUACCAAAGGAUAGUGACCGCUGACAGAGGUUAGUUUAGCCACGGUGUUUCUCCUCCAUUACCCAUGCUCCUCUCUGACGUGCGCGCGCGGUAGCUCGUUCUGUCGCGUCGCGGCGCCCCUCCCCUCUGUGGAGAUCUGGCUCCUUUGUUUCCUUGGAUACGAAGAUCGAAAUGGUUCGGUUCAUUCACACAGUUUUGGGGGGGGGGGGGGGACAUGAAAAGAGUUGGCUAGAUGGUGACCACCACACGGUACCUAAGUCUCUGUCAUUUAGAUAUAUAUCUGCGCACAAAUCCUGGAAUCCUGGAUUUUACAUGGAACGGACUGCUCCAUUAUUUUGAUGACUGUGUGACACAAGACAUACUGUUGAUGACAAAUAAUGGACCCCACCCCACACCUAAAUCUACUGUUUUUUUAAUCUCCCCUCUCCUCCUAGGCAUAAAAAUGUUUGAAUUUUUCAGCGCACUUAGCUAAAUCUUCAGCGUCCUGUUCUGUCCAUUUGUAUUCAUUUGUUUACACGAAUGAUCUUAAUGUAACGUAUAGUAUUGAGAUACGCACUCAAGUUUACAUAAAAUUCCCAUGGCCCUGUUGCCGUAUCUCCUGGAUAUGAUGGACAGAAUUUUUUUUUCAGUUGCAUUUCUGUCUUGUUUAAAGACAAAAUAUCAGUUCUAAGGUUACAUCAAGUGAGUUUGAUUGUUUAAUUAACAACAGCAGUUUUUUUUCCAGUCCCUCAUCACAACCUUUAAAGAUUUUCUCACCGUGCGGACUGAUUUAAUGAUGGUACCUGCAGAUGGGAAAACUAACACGGGCCAACAAACACUUCAAAUAUAUUCUGAUUUAGACAACAACUAAAGGAUCUAGUAUUCCCUCGACUGUGCUCAACACUGUGACCAACACAAAUAAACUAGUCUUACCUUGCCACACUGAUCGCAAUGAACAGGUUUUCUCUUGCGAUAUUACCCUAGUUAGGGCUGUCUGUAUGAAUUUUUUUUCUCUUAAAAAAGUCUCUUUGAAAAGGAAACAAAAAAGAGGAUUUGUUCCUGUGUUCCACAGUACUUGAUACAUUCCUGCUCUCUCUCUUUCUCCCUCUCUCUCUCUUCUCUAUCUCUCUCUCACACACACACACUUUGUCUCUAAUGCCACAGCCACCUUUCACCCUUAGACCCAGCUGUUAUGCAGCUGCUAAACACAGCUCUGGUUGUGCUCCUAGACAUCCAUGUGUAUGUUCGAUUUUUUUCUCACAUUCUGUUCAAGUAGUUAAAUACCAUGCAACUUUAUCGAUAAAACAUAUUUUGACGCUAAAUAAUAAAUAAAAGGAUAAUAUUCAAAACAGCCUUAGUCAUAAAUACAGAAAAUAACCAUUGUAAUUGAAUAGGUUAUAGGAGAUGGUGAGAGCUCUAAAUGGUAAAUUGUCUGCAUAUAUAUAGCGCCUUUAUCCAAAGCGCUGUGCAUGCAAUUGAUGUUUUUCAUUCACCCAUUCAUACACACACUCACACACCAAAGGCGAUUGGCUGCCAUGCAAGGCAAGCUCGUCAGGAGCAAUUGGGGGUUAGGCGUCUUGCUCAGGGACACUUCGACACACCCAGAGCGGGAUCGAACUGACAACCCUCUGACUGCCAGACUUACCUUCUGAGCCAACGUCGGCCCGUAUGAGACCUAGCCAAAGGGAAAAUCAGCAUACACAUGGCUCACAGUCCCAUAGUCCUCUCUCUCUAAAUAUUUACGGCUGCUGGCAGGUAACAGAAAACACCUCUGAUUUCAUGGUCAAAGAACUUCCAAACACCCCAUCUGAUAUGCAGCUAUCAGACAGUUCCAGCCUUUCAUCACAAAAUGGCCGACAGCAACAGUAUGGUGUAUGCCACAGUUUGUUCCAUGUUGGACGUCCUGAUUUGCUCAUUUGUGCAGUUAUCUUACCAUAAUGUGGACCAAUGUAUUCUCUUCUCUACUUGAAAUAAGUAUUUGAGUUUAAGGAGUUUUAUUUAUUUUUGUUGCACUUUACAUUUGAUUAAAUGAUUCCUUCAAAAUGAUAGUCUGCACUGAUAGCUUGACGUAGCCACUGGUUUGAAUUUAACAUUUGUAACAUGUCAAUAAGCCUAAAUAUUAUUAUGUGUGUUAAUAUGCAUACGAAGUGGGUCUAAGGGAACUGGUGUGUCGGCAUUAAAACAGCAUCUGUGAGUACACAGGGAACCCUUCCUCUGAAAUAUUCCUCUUUCAAAAAGACUUAUUCACAUAAUUCACAUCAGAGUAACAUGACCGUGCCAAAACAUAAACACAAAAAAACUUUCUAAAUACCCAUUAAUGAAGGUUUUAAUAUGAGUGCCCAACAUGACAGUGAAUCUGUGCCAAGUGAUUCUUAGCUUUGUAUUACUUAAUACAUAACGAAUGAAAACUAAGUUUGGCUCCAAUAACAGACAAAAUAUAAAACUGACAAGAUUAAUAAAAAAAACAACAAACAUGUGAAAUUGCACAACUGUCAAACCUGUGUGUGACAAACUGCCCCUGGCGGGGGGGGUGAGAGGGCAGAGGUCAGGGGUGACGGGGCGGGGCAGCAGGUGUGAGGUGGAGUGUGAGGGGUAUGUCUUUUUGCCUGCUCGAUGCUGUGGCUGUGCCUCAUAAUCGCUACCGCCAAGGAAACACACUUUUCACUGGCUCUGAAGAUUCACAAGCUUCACAUCAUGCAAGCUUGUAUCCACUGCAAAGAUGGAUGACAAUUCAGACCACUUGGGUGAUUUCCAUGGGGAACGUUUUUGUGUGUUUUUAAUGAGAACCACUGUACGCGGGAACAGCAUUUGAAACUAUGGCUGAUGCUUGAGGGUUUUGGAAUGAGCGCCGCCCUGCUUGGCAUGUUUACAGACCCUGCUAUCGGGCAAAGCGGACAGACACACUCCAGGGUUUACGUGCACACCUGACGAGUUUCAAUUCAUUUGAAAAGAGAAAUGGCACAAAUCUGAUUUUGCACUGAACAAACAAAAAGAAACUUUGUCAUCUCGGUUUGCCUCAGACAGAUAAAAGGCAGUAUGUUUAAAUGAAAACUACAACAAACCUCAGAAAAAAAGAAUAAGCAAAAUAUAUGAUUUAAGCUGCAGAGUCUUAAUCUGUCCACUGUGGACAGAGUCAAUGUCAUGAGUUAAGACCAGAGAAUGAGUACAUUCAAGAUUUGUUUCCACUUGAGAACUUUUUUUAUGUUCUACUGUAAGCUUCUGUUUAUUUUUUUGUUGUUGCAAAGAAAAUAGUAUUUACCGGUGGCUUCUUUUUAAAAAAAAGUAUAUAAAUAUAUAUAUUAAAAAACUAUAAAGCAGGAAUGUAUAUGAAAUGUCAGAUUUUAUUGUAUUUGCAAAGAAAUAGCAAUGAUAUUCUAGAGGGCUAUUUGUUAGAAAGACAAAUAUGCAUUAUAGCAACAUUAUAGCACCAUUUAGAAAUUUCCUAUAUUUUUGGAUAUACUUUAGGGCUUUAUACAAAUGACAGGACUUUCCAGUGUUUAUAUGCAAGUGCAUUUUAUAUGACGUGUCCUGUAAAUUGUGGAUAGUUUCACAAGCUGGGGGUUUGGCUGAAGUCUCAUAGCUCAUGUCCCAUUCUGCUCUAUAGACAUACCAUGUAGAGUUGCUUUGUACCAUGAGGCCAAGAUUUUCAUGUUGUUGUAAAUAGAACAAAAAAAAUAUCUUGAAAGGCAAUAAAAUUUUAUUGAGUAAAAAACAACAAA